CCAAGGAGCCAAACCACAGGGGGAAGUGACGUCUCGGCAGUUUGGUCCAACUGGUGGUCACAGCAGAGGAGGUACACCGGCGCGAACGUUGCAACCUACGCUGCUACCGCCGUUCCCGCUGCUUCCCCUGCUGCCACUGCUACCGCUUCUACCACUGCUACCGCUGCUACCGCUUCUACCACUGCUUCCGCCGAAGGACAAAAUGGUGCGAACGAAAAAGAGCGUGCCCACGCACAACCCCUUGAACAACGAGCCGACGAACAAGACGGCGCCGAGCAGACCAUCACACAAGCACGUCGCCUCGUCCAAAACGAGUAACAACGCCGCAACAGGCAAAGGGACUCGAAGCCAAAUUUCGCAAAAGGGAAUGAAAAAGACAACUCGAAUUAGGAGGCCCCAUAGAUACAGACCAGGUGUAUUAGCAUUAAAGGAAAUAAGAGCUUACCAAGCCACAACACAGUUGCUCAUUCCAAAAAUCCCGUUCGUGCGAGUGGU